GCCUGGCGACGUUAGUCCGCAACAGAAAGUUAUUUUGUACUUUCACAGUGGGUUUGCCUACUUGGUGAGAUAAAAGUGGGGCAAGACCGGGCCUCAAGCCAGGACUUCCUGGGGGCUCCCGGGAGCACCGCAGGCUGCGCGUUCCCCGCGCGCCGGCAGGAGGCGCGCGCUGCCUGGAAAUGCCCCAGCGCCGCCCGCGCCCAGAGACCCGCCGCUGUGACGCAGCGAGAGCCCGGGAGGAGGCGCGGGAACGCGCGCUGGGGGUCAGGUGCCGGAAGAGGAAACCUCUCGCUGGGGCUAGGAGUUCGGCGGGGCGCGCGCCGGCAGCUGCGGAGCUGGCAGGUGCGAGGCGUCUGCACCUGGCGGGCGAUGGCGCCCGAUGCGGGCGCCCCGGGAUAGCGUGGGCGAGGCUGCGGGGCCCCGGCGCGCACGCCCGCACCUCUCCCCAGCCCUGGCGUGGGCCCAGCCCGGCCCAGGCAGCAAUGGGGUUCCUGCAGCUGCUGGUCGUAGCGGUGCUGGCAUCCGAACACCGGGUGGCUGGUGCAACCGAGGUCUUCGGGAACUCCAGCGAGGGUCUUAUUGAAUUUUCUGUGGGGAAAUUUAGAUACUUCGAGCUCAAUAGGCCCUUUCCAGAGGAAGCUAUUUUGCAUGAUAUUUCAAGCAAUGUGACUUUUCUUAUUUUCCAAAUACACUCACAGUAUCAGAAUACAACUGUUUCCUUUUCUCCGACUCUCCUUUCCAAUGCCUCGGAAACAGGCACUGCCAGUGGACUGGUUUUCAUCCUUAGACCGGAGCAGAGUACAUGCACUUGGUACUUGGGGACUUCAGGCAUACAGCCUGUCCAGAAUAUGGCUAUCCUACUCUCCUACACAGAAAGAGAUCCUGUCCCUGGAGGCUGUAAUUUGGAGUUCGAUUUAGAUAUUGAUCCCAACAUUUACUUGGAGUAUAAUUUCUUUGAAACGACUAUCAAGUUUGCCCCAGCAAACCUAGGCUAUGCGAGAGGUGUAGAUCCCCCACCAUGUGACGCUGGGACGGACCAGGACUCCAGGUGGAGGUUGCAGUAUGAUGUCUAUCAGUAUUUUCUGCCUGAGAAUGACCUCACUGAGGAGAUGUUGCUGAAGCAUCUGCAGAGGAUGGUCAGUGUGCCCCAGGUGAAGGCCAAUGCUCUCAAGGUGAUUACCCUAACAGCUAAUGAUAAGACAAGUGUUUCCUUCUCCUCCCUCCCGGGACAAGGUGUCAUAUACAAUGUCAUUGUUUGGGACCCGUUUCUAAAUACAUCUGCUGCCUACGUUCCUGCUCACACAUAUGCUUGCAGCUUUGAGGCAGGAGAGGGUAGUUGUGCUUCCCUAGGAAGAGUGUCUUCCAAAGUGUUCUUCACUCUUUUUGCCCUGCUUGGUUUCUUCAUUUGUUUCUUUGGACACAGGUUCUGGAAAACAGAAUUAUUCUUCAUAGGCUUUAUCAUCAUGGGAUUCUUCUUUUAUAUACUGAUUACAAGACUGACACCUAUCAAGUAUGAUGUGAAUCUGAUUCUGACAGCUGUCGCUGGAAGCGUCGGUGGAAUGUUCUUGGUAGCUGUGUGGUGGCGAUUUGGAAUCCUCUCGAUCUGCAUGCUCUGUGUUGGACUAGUGCUGGGGUUCCUCAUCUCGUCAGUGACUUUCUUUACUCCACUGGGAAACCUAAAGAUUUUUCAUGAUGAUGGUGUAUUCUGGGUCACUUUCUCUUGCAUAGCUAUCCUCAUUCCAGUAGUUUUCAUGGGCUGCCUAAGAAUACUGAACAUACUGACUUGUGGAGUCAUUGGCUCCUAUUCGGUGGUUUUAGCCAUUGACAGUUACUGGUCCACAAGCCUUUCCUACAUCACUUUGAAUGUACUCAAGAGAGCGCUCAACAAGGAUUUCCGCAGAGCUUUCACAAAUGUGCCUUUUCAAACUAAUGACUUUAUUAUCCUGGCAGUAUGGGGCAUGCUGGCUGUAAGUGGAAUUACGUUACAGAUUCGAAGAGAGAGAGGACGACCGUUCUUCCCUCCCCACCCAUACAAGUUAUGGAAGCAAGAGAGAGAGCGCCGAGUGACAAACAUUCUGGACCCUAGCUACCACAUUCCUCCAUUGAGAGAGAGGCUCUAUGGCCGAUUAACCCAGAUCAAAGGGCUCUUCCAGAAGGAGCAGCCAGCUGGAGAGAGAACGCCUUUGCUUCUGUAGAUGCCCAGGGGCUUGGGCAGUGUGCCUCAGCUUUGGAGUUCAUGCCUGGAGUGGUUCAACAGUCUCUGGUGCAAGUCUAAUAAGAGAUCAGGCAUAUAUAUCUGUUCUUUGCAUAAUAUUAUGGUGCCCUUAUUGAUAUAUGGUAAGGGUGUACUAGGGGAUUAGGAUGAUUCUAAGAGAAUGAGAAAGAUGACCAAAAGGUUGGUGGUAGGGAGGCUUUUUAUUAUUUCCAAAUACUUGAGAAAUUACCUUUUGGUUUACAAAUCUAUGAUCAACUUAUUCCAUUAAAUAGAUACAUUAAAAAAAUUAAAAACUGAUUCUUCUGCAGAGCCCUGGUGUUUCUUUUUAUAACCCCUUGAAACAAGUCUCUCACCUGAGCCUGUCUAAACUUUCGGAGGGAGUUUAUUAUUGAGUCUUUAUCUGUGACAGUAUUUGGAGAUUUAGGGAUUUGAUACUUAGGCCUUUGAAUUUUAGAAUACAAAAAGAGAAGCAAGCCAGACAUGGUGGCUCACACCUGUAAUCCCAAUACUGGGAAGCCAAGGUGGAAGUAUCGCUUGAGCCCAGGAGUUUGAGACCAACAUGGGCAACAUGACAAGACCCCAUCUCUACAAAAAAAUUAAAAAAUUAGCCAGGCAUGGUGGCAAAUGCCUACUCCCAGCUCCCAAGGAGACUGAGAUGGGAGGAUCCCUGGAGCCCUGAAGAUUGAGGCUACAGUGAGCCUUGAUUGUGUCACUGCACUCCAGCUUGGGUGACAGAGACCCUGUCUCAAAAAGAGAAAUUAAAAAAAAAACAAAACUUAUUUUCUUACUAAAAGCAGUCUGAUUACUUAGUUGCAUGCCCUUCUUAGUAUCAUACAUUAUCCAAAAGUUACCCUUUUUGUUUUUUUUCAGUAUUUUAAAAAAUUUUUAAGUUGUGAUAAAAUACACAUGAAAUUUACCUUCUUAUUCAUGUUUAAGUGUACAAUUCAGUAGGUUCCCUUUGUUUUUGCCUUUUAUUGCUUAAAAUGGUAAUUGAAAUAGCUAAAUUAUUAUUUGAAAAUAGGCCAAUUUAUAUAGAUAAUAGAAUUUUAUAAGGGUGAUUUAUUUAUAUUCCAAAUAAUGGCCCCCUUUUUUUUUUCAAGGCCUUUUCAAAUAGUGUCAACAGGUGAUCUUUAAUUUAACUGCAUUAGAUGACAUAUGGAUUAUGUUUGUUUUUAGGAAAUAACCCCCACCUUAAUCUAUAUUGCCGACCAGGUGUGGUGGCUCACAUCUGUAAUCCCAGCAUUUUGGGAGGUCGAGGCGGGUGGAUCACCUGGGGUCAGGAGUUCGAGACCAGCCUGGCCAACAUAGUGGUCUCUACUAUAGUAUAGUAGAAUAUAUACUACUACACCCUGUCUCUACUAAAAAUACAAAAAUUAGCUGGGUAUUGUGGCAGGUGCCUGUAAUCCCAGCUACUCGGGAGGCUGAGGCAGGAGAAUCGCUUGAACCCAGGAGGCAGAGGUUGCAGUGAGCCAAGGUCACGCCACUGCACUCCACCCUGGGCAACAGAGCGAGACUCCGUCUCAAAAAAAAAAAAGUCUAUAUUGCUGUUAAUAAGAAAACCUUUGUACUUCAUAGUUCUUUCUGCUCAAUUAGCUGUUAGCAUUAGUGUAAAAUAUAGUUUUUAAUAAUUUCUUUUCUGUACAAAGCCUUUGUACAGAAAGGCUUCAUCCUUAAAGUGAUGAGAAUGGAGUCAAAAAGGAUUCAGGUGUUUAGAGGAGCUGCUUUUCAUUAGGACCUUGGGGAGUCCCCUCAGUUUUGACACCCUUGUUUCACCACAAGAAAGCACCCGACACCCUGGGUUGCAUACUUACUACUCAGGGGCUUUCCCCCCAGCUUUCAGAGCACUGAAUUAUUGUAAGCUGGUGACUCUGCAGGCCUGAGUGGUAUUAGGGUUGUGGAAUGUUGUUGCAUACACGUUUAUGAGUUAACCACUAUUUAAAUGAUGCUGCUUUUUAAAGUUUUUUCAAAGUACAAUAGAUUUUUGAAGUUUCAGGUAACUGGAGAAAUCUUUAACUUUUGCUUUAAGUGUUUGGGGCAGGAUAAAACAACAUAGAAAAUAUAAAACAAUUUUUGCUUUGAAAAAUUCAGUGCAGGUGACCAUUUACUGCUUAUUCUGUAAUCCUUACUGUCUACAAUUAACUUCAGUAACACUGAAACUUGAUGAAAAGUUUUAAAAAAUUAUUUACUGUAGGGACAAAGUUAUAUGGAAUGUUUGUUAUUUUCUAAACCAUCUGAAUGCACUGCCAGUGAAGACUGUAAAGACAGAACACACUAUUUUGGAGGGAGGAUACUAAUUGUUUAAAAUUUUUCAUCAUUUGUGAAUGAUAAAAAGUUUGUAUAGAUUUUAUAAUAAAUCCCUAUUUUGAAAAAAA